AUGAUGAUGAUUAAGGUUCCUCAUGUCGCGUUCCGUCGGGUUCUUCCACUGUUCGUUCACCACAACCAACCUUUUUCGGUUGUCUCCCGGCAAAUCACUUCCAACUGUGUCUGCAACGCCGCCGUUGUCGCCGCAAUUACCUCCACAUCCACCACUGGCGUCCGUAGUAAGAGCAGUAAUCUUGCGAGAUAUAGCCGUUCUAAUGGAACGUUCCCAAAAUGGGGUUCGAGUCGGAGCUUGAGCAUUAGAGCCACUCAAGUGAAUGAAUCUGGAUCUAUUGAUUCUCCACUCAUGAAGUCAAUGGAGAACAAGAUUAAGGAUCAACUAGAUGCACAAUCUGUGUCGGUAAAAGAUGCUUAUGGGGAUGGACGACAUGUUAGCAUUGAUGUUGUUUCUUCAGCCUUUGAGGGACAGACGGCUGUGAAUAGGCAGAGGAUGGUGUACAAAGCUAUUUGGGAGGAGCUACAGAGCACAGUGCAUGCAGUGGAUCAAAUGACGACCAGAACACCUGCUGAAGCAGCAGCUCACAAUUCAUAAACUCUCAAAGUUUGUCCAAGCCUUCUUAUCUUUGCCAAUAAAUGUCUUAUAAAAAAUAAGUUAUGCUCAUAUUAUUCCUUUUCAGCUCUUGAUUAAUGUUUUUAAUCUUCGAUCUUACAUUCAUUGCUUCUUUUGCAUGGGUUCCCCCCCGUAAAUCUUCCAAAUUUGAAGCUUUCUUUGUCCAAUGCAUUCAUCA